AUGGCGUGUACGCGAAUGAAUAACCUUCACAAUGUACGUACUAUGUUCUGUUUGUCUCUACGCGGUCUCCUUGUUGUUGAGAAUCUAGUAAAUGAAUUGGAUGAAAAAGUCAGAAAACUAGAUUUUGCUGAGAUUCCAAAAACACCGCCUUAUGAUAGCCUUCCCGCCAUAAAAAGAGGACGAGAAUUUUCUCAUUACGAGAUUGUCCAUGGUAUUCGUUUAGUUGAACGAGAUUUUGACAAGCUUAUGUUUGAUGAAGUUACUUCAAGGCAACACCUACGUGUUUUACACUCUAUCGAAUUUGGAAAUUGCCUCUAUUGUGAUAAUGAUAUAACUAUGGGUGAAUACGACUACGAAAGUUAUUCUCAUGCCGUAUCAGGAUUCCGACACGUCGAUUACAACGGGAAACGUGUUCUUAUAUUGGGUGGAGGUGAUGCUUGUAUUCUUCGUCGAAUCAAGGAUAUGGGCAGCACCAUGAUAACGGCAGUAGAUUAUGACCAGCGUGUGGUAGACGUUACAAGACUCUAUUUUCGCAAAAUAUGUGGUGAUGUACUCGAUUCUAUGACAGGGCCUAAUUAUGAAAUUGUUAUAGAAGAUGCUGCAGAAUACCUUGAAAGAGCUGUCAAGACUGGAUUAGAGUUUGAUGUUGUAAUAAAUGACAUCGCCACAAUCCCAUUAUCUUUUGAACCGGUAGGUGAGAGAUGGGAGUUCAAUCUUAAACUUUUGGCUAACUCGAUGAAAGUGUUGAAGCAUGAUGGGGUAUUCAUUAGUCACGGAACUUCGGCAAGUCGUCUCCAAGGACAGAAAGUAUAUGAAGCUCAACUGAAGAAACUUGAGUAUCCCGUUAAGUUCACCAAAGAAAUAGCUUACAUUCCAACUUAUCAGGACAACUGGGUGAUUUACAUAGUUUGGAAAAAGAGUUCUCAAAAUUGA